AUGUGCAAGUUCACCAACCGGCUGUUUGUCUUUGCCCUGCUGCUUUUGGCAUUUGGAAAAAGUCUAGCCCAUCCCGUUGGCGGAAAGAUAAGGCCAGGGAAUUCGAGGAACGUGGUUAGCGACCUGCUGGAGGUCUUAUAUGAUGACUAUUCCGAGAACGGUUUCCAGCGGGAGGACAUUCUCUACGACCAAAGGCAAAAGGGCGCCGAAAACUUUCAGCUAAAACUUGAUGGGGUCGUUAUCGGGCUGGCCCCUCAAAUGGGUUCCAAUUGGCUUUACACGAUGGCCGAAUAUUAUCUAAGUGAAAUGAUGAUGCGCCAAUCUACUCCAGAACCAGAAUCGAAUCAAAUGUUCGAAAAAGAUCCCGUCACAGAUACGGAACCUGCGGCCCCCGAAGGCGUUACUAAAAUUCCAGAGCAGUCUAAAAACGAUUUGGAAAGCAGACAACAACAAAUUAUAGCUCCACAAAACGCCAGCCGGACUCCAACUCAACUGCUCCAGCUAUUGAAGAUGCUUAAGACUUCUAAGGCCUAA